CAACAAGCGAGUGACAGUGAAGGAACGUACCCCGUGACUCACAAACUCCUAAAAGCGGUUCCAUGAUGAAGCCAACCGUUGUCUUCAGCAUCGCUCUGGCGCUUGUGAGUAGCGGAUCGAAAGCAGCGCCCGCUGACGUCCCAAGGCUGCAACCUUUCAGCUUUCCCCCAACGGUUAAGCCGGGGUCCCGGGUGUUGGUGGCCUGUACCACGACGUCCGGAGGAAGUCAGGUCACUCUAUCGUGGCUGAAGGACGGGAAAGACAUAGGCAGUGCAAAAAAUGUCUUCGUCGAAACGAAGCGGGGUGCCUCAAUGAUUAUCGUCGAACCAGUGGAAAUAUCUAAUGCCGGGAAUUACACCUGCAUCGCCAAAAACCGAGCUGGUUUCGACAGCUUCACAGCAACGCUUGACGUUCAAGCGCCUCCUUCCUGGAAAAAAAGACCCGAAGAUCUUCGAGUAAACAUAGGCGAACGGGCUGUCAUCUACUGCUUAGCCACGGGAUCCCCAACGCCCAAGAUAAAAUGGAAAAGACAGCGGAAGCCAAAUGAAAAAGGUGUUGAAGCCAGAUGGGAAGAUAUAAAAUUUUCAAACCUCGUCAGGCCGCACGAGAACGGAACUCUCGUUCUAGAGGAGGUCUCCACGGCAGAUGAGGGACAGUACACCUGCGAAGCCGACAACGGCAUGGCACCAUCAGCCACGCUUACACUGUCUGUCACUGUGAACGUUCUACAUCACAAAAAGAAAAAAUCAAAGGACUUCUUUUUCCGCAUUACCUGCGUUGUGAAAGCUCUCAUUCACAACACUUUGUACUAG